AUGGUGAUUUCGAAGCGAGCCGGCGCGAAAAAGGCGGGGCGCGCGGUGCCCGGUGCAGGUGCGUCAUCUAACCGCGGCAUCGUCAAAGCCGACUGGCGCGAAGGAUUCAAGAAACCGCAGGCCGGCGUCUCGGACAUGACGCUCCUUACGCAGAUCACCAACGACGCGAUCAACCAAAACUUGCAGAAGCGCUUUGCCAACGGCGAGAUUUACACAUACAUUGGCAAUGUGCUUAUUAGUGUCAAUCCGUUCCGCGAUUUGGGCAUCUACACGGACGCGAUUCUUGAGAGCUACCGCGGCAAGAACAGAUUGGAAAUGGCGCCGCACGUGUAUGCGAUUGCGGAAGGAGCCUACUACAACAUGCUUGCCUACCAAGAGAACCAGUGCGUGAUUAUUUCCGGUGAGUCCGGUGCGGGCAAGACCGAGGCGGCGAAGCGAAUUAUGCAGUACAUUGCCGCUGUCAGUGGCGACAGCGCCGCCUCUGGCAUUCACGGCAUCAAGGAUAUGGUGCUUGCCACAAACCCGCUGCUGGAAAGUUUCGGGUGCGCCAAGACGUUGCGGAAUAACAACUCUUCCCGCCACGGAAAGUACCUCGAAAUUAUGUUUGACGCCCAAGGCCAGCCCGUCGGCGCCAACAUUACCAACUACUUGCUGGAAAAGGGGCGCGUGGUGGGCCAGAUCCGCAACGAGCGCAACUUCCACAUAUUCUACCAGUUCACCAAGGGAGCGACGCCCCAGCAGCGCGAGAUGUUUGGGCUGCAAGGUCCCGAAGCAUACACCUACACUGCCGACAGCAAGUGCCUCGAUGUGCCCGGCAUCGACGACACAGCCGACUUUCAUGCUGCAGUGAACGCGAUGCACACAAUUGGCCUCACCGAAGCCGAGCAGACGUGCAUCUUACGCAUGCUCGCCGCCAUUCUCUGGCUUGGCAAUGUAUCGUUUGCGGAGAAUGCGCAUGGAGACGCCGAGGUUGCGAACCCCGACGUGCCCUCUUUCUUAGCCUACCUCCUUGAAGUCGAUGCCGCUGCGAUUUCCCGUGCUUUGACAGAGCGCAUCAUGGAGACGCAGCGCGGCGGGCGGCGCGGCUCUGUGUACCAAGUGCCGCUCAACACAGUCCAAGCUGCGGCCGUGCGCGACGCACUGAGUAAAGCGAUUUACAACAACUUGUUUGAGUGGAUCGUAUCGCGCAUCAAUGUCUCGCUCAAUGCGCGCGUCGCCUCGAACAAUGUGAUCGGCGUGCUGGACAUUUACGGGUUCGAAAUUUUCGAGAACAACUCUUUCGAGCAGCUCUGCAUCAACUACGUUAACGAGAAGCUGCAGCAAAUCUUUAUCGAGCUCACUUUGAAGAAAGAGCAAGAAGAAUACGCACAAGAGCAGAUCCAAUGGACGCCGAUCGACUACUUUAACAACAAGAUCGUGUGCGAUCUGAUCGAGGAGAAACGGCCGCCCGGCAUCUUUAGCACGCUGAACGACGCUGUGGCGACCGCACACGCCGACUCCAGCGCUGCGGACAGCUCUUUUAUGCAGCGAUCCUCCAUGCUCUCGUCGAACCCGCACUUUGAGGCGCGUGGAAACAAGUUCUUGAUCCGGCACUAUGCCGGCGAUGUGAUGUACAAUGUGCAAGGCAUGACGGACAAGAACAAAGAUGCGCUGCUCAAAGACAUCCUCAACCUUGUCGACAGCUCCUCCAACCAGUUCCUCAAAGGCCUCUUUCCGGACAGACCCGACCCAGAGAGCAAGAAACGCCCGCCGAGUGCGGGCGAUCGUAUCAAGCAGAGCGCCAAUUUGCUGGUGGAGAAUUUGAUGCGUGCGCAGCCGUCCUAUAUCCGCACCAUCAAACCCAACCAAAACAAGAGCCCGAGCGAGUACGAUACGCAAGCCAUUCUGCACCAGAUCAAAUACCUCGGUCUCCAGGAGAAUAUCCGCGUGCGCCGCGCUGGGUUUGCCUACCGCAACACGUUCGAAAAGAUUGUCCAGCGCUUCUAUUUGCUUUCCCCUGCCACGUCGUAUGCGGGCGAGUAUAUCUGGCAAGGCGACGCGCGCAGUGGCUGCGAGCGGAUUUGUAUUGAUACAGGUAUCCCUCGCGACGAAUGGCAGCUCGGCGUGUCCAAAGGUUUUAUCAAGAAUCCCGAGACCUUGUUUGCGCUGGAAACGAUGCGCGAUCGCUACUGGCACAAUAUGGCGAUGCGUAUUCAGCGUGCUUUCCGUGGCUACAUGCGGUACAAGCAUGAAUGUGCGCGCCGAAUUCAGCGGGUGUGGCGGCGCAGCAGGGAAGGCAACGAUUUCCUUGUCAUGCGCGACUACGGCACGCAAAUCCUCGCUGGGCGCAAGGAGCGCCGCCGCUUUUCCUUGGUCAGUAUGCGGCGUUUCCUUGGCGAUUACUUGGACGUGAAUGGAGGGGCUGCCGAAGGCAGGAUGCUCCGUGCCGCUGCGGGGAUUUCGAAUGGUGAGCCUGCUGUCUUUAGCGCUCGUGCUCAGCUGCUUGUCUCGCGGUUGGGGCGCACAAGUCGGCCCAGUCCGCGAUUCCUGAUCAUGACCAACCACACUGUUUACAUCCUGGUCACGCAUCUCGUGAACAAAAUGCCACAGACUGUGUGUGAGCGCAGGAUUCCUCUCACGGCGAUCCGCAGUAUUGGCCUCUCAACCUUGCGCGACGAUUGGGUUAUUUUGAAUACAGGCGCAGACGAGGGCGACCCGCUUUUGCAUUUGGAUUUUAAGACGGAGUUUGUCUCGUACGUGCUCAAGGGGACGCAUGGAAGUGUGCAUGUAAAUAUCGCGCCGCAACUUGAGUACAUGCGCAAAGGGCGGAAGAAGGCACAUGUCGCGUUCAAGAAAGAUGAGUCGAUUCCGCGCGGCGAUGUGUACAAGAGCUCGACGGUGUUUGUGCCUUCGGGUGAGCCACCCAAUUCAGUUUCGCGUCCGCCGGCGAGGAAAAAGCCUGGGGCGGUGCGGCCUGUGACGCAGGGGCGGCUCUUACGGCCGGGCGGGCCUGGACAAGGCGCAGCGGGACGAAGUGUUCCAGCACCGGCCCAGCGGCGCGUCCCAGCGGCCCAACGCAGCGUCCCAGCGCCUGUGCCGUCCGCGCCUAGAGGCGUCCCUGCAGCGCCAGCGACUCGCUCUAUGCCGCCAUCGACAGGGGCAGCGCCGAGCGUGUCUUCGGGAAUUGGCGGCCUUGCACCGCCUACUACCGACUUUGGCAGCAUGAACUUGGGCGCUCGUGCCGUGCCGGCGGCGCCAGCGCCAGCGGCGGCGCGCAUCCCGACGCCAGCAGCGCCUAUCCCGACGCCAGCAGCGCCUAUCCCGACGCCAGCAGCGCCUAUCCCGACGCCAGCAGCGCCUAUCCCGACGCCAGCAGCGCCUAUCCCGACGCCAGCAGCGCCUAUCCCGACGCCAGCAGCGCCUAUCCCGACGCCAGCAGCGCCUAUCGCAACGCCAGCAGCGCCUAUCGCAACGUCAGCAGCGCCUAUCCCAGCGCCCACGCCAUCUGCCGUACGUCCCCCAGCACGAGCUCCAGCUGCAGGCCCUCCUCGGUACCGAGCCCUUUAUCCGUUCGACACCGCCGAGCAAGGCGAACUGCCCCUGCAAAAAGGCGACAUCGUCACCCUUGAAGAGAAAGAACCGAGUGGCUGGUGGCUUGCCCGGAAAGACAACGUAUCCGGCUGGGUACCUGCCGACUACUUGGAGCUUGUCAAAGACGCUCCUCCCCCACCAGCAGCAAAGCCGCGCCCCCCUGCGCCGCCCAAACCAUCCGCGUCUACAUUCACGUCGUCAUGGACGCCUUCCGACUCGAAUGCCGCGCCCGUAAACAAGACGUAUCCUUUGCACACCGCUGUGCCCGUCAUGGAAGAACGGGAUGCAUUGCUCGUGCCGCACGCGUCUGCCGUCGAGGCGCUGCACGGCAUCGAGGUUGACUAUACCAUGGUUCGCCCCAAAGGCCGAUCCAUGCUCCGUCCCUACGAAAUUAUCUGGGUCGUCGGAGUGAUUUCCUUGAUUGUCUUUUUGCAUGUAACGGCACAGUGCUUCAUCAUGUGGCCGUACUACCAACACACACGCUCUUUUACAUUUGCACAAUACCUCGGGGCCACGAUUCCCCACCACUGCCUUGCCUGCUACCUGUACCUGACGUAUUAUGUCUGUCUCAACGCCGACGCUGGCGGUGUCCCUAACGGGUGGGCGCCAGUUCUUGUUUCUCAGCACGAUGAGACGAAAGCACCAUCUGAGCACCGGCGGUACUGCCACAAGUGCGACGCUUUCAAACCACCGCGCUCGCACCACUGUCGUGUGUGUCGUCGCUGUGUGCUGCGCAUGGACCAUCACUGCCCCUGGAUCGGCAACUGUGUUGGGCAUGGGACGUACGCGCCGUUUUUGCGCUUUGUGACGGCAGUGUGCCUCACUGUAUCCUACCAUCUCGGCAUGCUCAUCCUGCGCGUAACCGAUUACUGGAACGAGGACGGGUACUUUAUCCGGCCGUCCAAUACGGUGGUCGUCCUCCUUGUCCUUAAUCUCUUGUUUGCCAUUCCAGUGUUUGGCAUGGUGGGGUUUCUUACCUUGUACCACUACUACCUCCUCGCCGUGAACAUGACCUCGAUCGAGUCUUGGGAAACGGACCGCGUCUCGCGCCAAAUUCGGCGCGGCCAGAUUCCAUACGCGGCGUUCCCGUUCGAUGUGGGAGUCUGGCGGAAUAUCGCAUCGAUUUUGGGGCAUAAUGUAGUGUGGUGGGCGUGGCCGUGGCAGCGUCCGCCCAAAGAUGGGCUUUCGUACGCGGUCUCUCUCAAGGACCCAGACGCACAGUACUUUUGGCCUCCGCGCGAUCCUCGCGCAAGGCCGACAAAAGGCUUUUCCGACGCAUCGGAUGAGGAUGCACUGUACGACUCGGGCUCGAGCGAUGACGAGAUCGACGCGCCCGAGGAGCGCAUGCUGCAGCACGCUUCGGUGCGUGUGCGCCGCGGCAGUGAGGGUCUCGAAGUGCGCGCGCCGCAGUAUAACCAGCAGUUUUGGGACGAGUACCUCAACGCUGCGCCCCCAACCACAGCGUCACGGUGGGCGGCGCUGGCGAGUGCGCCUGCGGAUCCUGUAUAUACACACGAAGACGACGUUCCAUUGGCCACCCUCGUACGGCGCAAGCGAAGCGGGAUGCUAGAGGAUGAAUAG